CAGCAACAGCAACUAGAACAUGCACUCGAAUGCUUAACAUCCGCCACUUGCUGAGAUCAUUUUACAAUUGCCUCGGCAGCGAGCACGCGCCUCUCUCCAACUCCUGUUCAUCUCCGUCGUCAUGGCCAUCGGUAACCACACCAAGAAGUCCGAGCUCGUGCUGGACGGCGAAUCUCUGUGCGCUGAAGACCUGGUCCAGCUGUCCAAGGGAGACACGAGCAUCUCUCUGAGUAAGGAAGCCUGGAAGCGCGUGGCCUGUGGCCGUGAGGUGGUGGACAACAUCCUCAAGGACAAAACGCGGGUAGCCUACGGUAUCAACACGGGCUUCGGGCUCUUCUCCAACGUCAUCAUUGGCCCCGAGAAGCUCACGGAGCUGCAGGAGAACCUCAUCCGCUCGCACUCGUCUGGAACGGGCGAGCCGUUGACACCCGCACAGACGCGUAUGCUGCUGGCCCUGCGUAUCAACGUACUCGCUAAGGGACACUCAGGCAUCCGCGUGCAGACUCUGGAGCAGCUCGUGGACGCCUUUAACGCCGAUUGUCUGUCUGUGGUGCCGGCUAGAGGCACCGUGGGCGCGUCAGGCGACUUGGCUCCGCUGGCUCACCUUGCACUCGGUAUGAUGGGCGAAGGACCCAUGUGGGACAAAGUGGACGGCGAGUUCGUCGUCAGUGAGGCCUCUAAGGUCCUGGGUAAGCACGGACUGAAGCCUGUGCAGCUCGGAGCCAAGGAAGGUCUGGCUAUGAUCAACGGCACGCAGCUCAUCACGUCUGUGGGAGCUGAGGCGGUUGUUCGCGCUCAGAACGUGGCUAACUGCGCUGAUAUUGCCGUAGCGCUUACAUUGGAGGUGCUGUGCGGUACCGUGAACGCCUUCCACCCGCGUAUCCACGCUGUUCGCCCUCACACUGGCCAGAUGCUGGUAGCUUCGCGUAUUCGCACACUACUGCGUGCAGACAACCCGUCCGAGCUCUUCCGUAGCCACAACUACGAAGGAAAGGUGCAGGACGCAUACACUCUGCGUUGCGCUCCUCAGGUGCACGGAAUUGUGCACGACACCAUCAACUUCGUGCGUGGCGUGCUGGAUGUUGAGAUGAACAGUGCCACAGACAACCCCAUGGUCUUCACGGGCAGUGCUGAGGUGACAACCGACCUGUCUCCGUCUAUUGAUACCAAUGAGGUGAAGCCCGACGUUGAGAAGGUUGAGCACGAGAUCACGGACCUUAAUGACGCGAAGGAGGAGAUCAAGCGCCUGAAAGCUCUUGUCGAACAGAAGAACAAGCCUGUGGAACACCCCGCUGCGGGUAUGAAGCGCACGUCGGACACGUUCUACCGUGGUGGCGGUGGCUUCGUCAUCUCUGGCGGCAACUUCCACGGUGAAUACCCGGCUAAGGUACUGGACUACCUGGCUAUUGGCAUCCACGAGAUUGCUAGUGUCAGUGAGCGUCGUAUCGAGCGUCUUGUGAACCCUACGCUGAGCAAUCUACCGGCUUUCCUGGUGCCUGAGGGUGGACUCAACUCAGGCUUCAUGAUUGCUCACUGUACGGCUGCCGCUCUGGUGUCGGAGAACAAGGUGCUCACUCACCCGUCGUCGGUAGACUCGAUCUCUACGAGUGGAGCGAAGGAGGACCACGUGUCCAUGGGAGGCUUUGCUGCUCGCAAGGCGCUGACGGUUGUGGAGCACGUGGAGACUGUUGUUGCUAUUGAGAUUCUUGCGGCAUGCCAAGCUCUCGACUUGAUGCGUCCGCUGCGUACGACGGAGGCACUUGAGGCCGUCCAUGCACUGGUGCGCACACGUGUGGCUAAGUUCGACAAGGACCGCUUCAUGAAGCCCGACAUUGACGCUGUGCUGGACCUCGUGCGUAGCGGCGCUAUCUGUGAGGUUGUAGCUCCGUUCCUGUCCAAAUUGCAUGUGUCGGGGCUCUAAGGCAACGGGCCUCAAGUAGCAGAUAGCGGCAUAAGCAUUUACGAAGCAGUCAAUCAAAUAUACAACUUAUUACUGUACUUGGACUUAGCAG